GAAAUACUUUAAACCAUUAAAACCAACAAGUAAUUGGAUAUUUCUCUAGAAGUUGACGUUCCGAUAAUGACCGCGGCACCACAUCUUCACCAUCUCCCGAUUCACAUGCGCCCGGGCCGAGUCAGCUGAAGCCCAGGCGUCAACAUCGACACAGAACGGGCGAAAGAACAGAAAAAAAAAACUCUUGACCGAGUUGAUAACUUCAGGUUUCCUCUUGUCGACUGUUCACCAGACAGAACCGCCAUGGAGAAACCGUCUCCUUCGCCCGUGGAAGCGGGGUCCCAACUACCCCCGCAGGAUGGCAGUCCAGACACCACAAUCACCGCAACGCCAGUCGCAGAGGCGAGUCAACCGAGGGUAUCUACAGCGAGCGAGGAGAAACCUACAGUCCAAGACGAAGACGAGGACGAGGACGAGGAUGAUGAGGACUCAGACUUUGACGAGCUUGACGAUGUACUGGAUAACUUUUCGAAACCGAAGCCCUCGACGUCUACUACGAAUAGCACAACAAAGCCCGCCAGCGCGCCAAGCACCGAUGACUUGGACGAAGAUGCAUUCAUGAAACAGCUCGAGCAGGACAUGGCCAGCAUGAUGAGCCACGCGGCGCGGGAAUCCGGCGCCACCACGGCGGAGCAGGGUAAAGAAUUCCAAGCCGCAAUCGACCAGGGGGCCGAUGAAUUUGCGAGACAGCUCGAGGAGAGUGGGAUCCCCCCGGGCGACUUUCUCAAGCAAUUGAUUGCGGAUGUGAUGGCGGAAGAAGAGGGGGGAGAAGGAGGAGGACAAGGGAAGUCAAAUAAGGCUACAUCUAGCUCUAAAGAGAAAAGUGACUCCUCGGUGAAAGAAAAAGAAACGCCCGAAUCCUUCAACGAAGCGAUCCAACGGACAAUCGACCGCAUGAAGGAGUCCGGCGACAAAGCCACCGCCGCGGCAGAGGAGGACGACGACGACAUCUCCGAAGACCUGCUCGCGCAGUUGCUCAAGGCGGUCGAGGCCGGUGCCGCGGGCGCAGGGGACGACGGCGACCUCACCAAGAUGUUCAUGGGGAUGAUGGAGCAGCUGUCCAACAAGGAGAUGCUGUACGAGCCCAUGAAGGAGCUGGACGGCAAAUUCGCCCCCUGGCUGGAAAAGAAUAGAGGGUCGGGGAAAGUCCCCGCAGAGGAUAUGGCUCGUUACGAAGCGCAGUCCAGAGUCGUCGGCUUGAUUGUCGCCAAGUUCGAGGAGCCGGGAUUUACUGACGAGGAUCAGAAGUGUAGGGAGUAUAUCUGGGAGAAGAUGCAAGAGAUGCAAGCACAAGGCAGUCCGCCGGAAGAGCUCAUUUCGAACCCGCUGAUGGAAGAUCUCAAAAUGCCAGGAGGCGCCCCGGAGUGUCCGCAGCAAUAGAAUCGCCCAUAUAUACCCAUCGGAUAGAACCCUGAA